GUUAAGUCUUGUACGCAUGCGCUACCGCUAAAGGAGAGCUGUCGAGGUCGAACUGUAGGAUUUGCCUGUGUCUUCAUCAAAAUAAGGCAAAAUGCCUGCAGACUUUGAUAAAGAUGCAUAUCCGGAGCCUCCUCGCCGGACCCCAGCGGCGGAUAAACAGACAGCUCUGCCUAACCCAGCCCUGAUCGUGUCCAAACUCUUCUACUACUCCGUGGACCUCCCUGUCACCACAUUCAGAGGUGUUGUGGACAGCAUCCGAGCCAACAACAAGUCGGUGUAUUACCACCAGAAGUUCCGCCGUGUCCCCGACCUGACGGAGUGCCAGGAGGGAGACUACGUCUGCUACUACGAGGCUGAGAUGCAGUGGAGGAGAGACUAUAAGGUGGACCAGGAGAUAGUGAAGGUGGUCCAGGAGCGCCUGAGGGCCUGCCAGCAGAGGGAGGGACCCAGCUACCUGCAGAACUGUGCCAAGGAGUUACAGCAGUUCAACGACGUGACCCAGGCCUUCCAGUCACGCUAUGGAGACCUGGGAGCCUAUGCCAGCGGAAGGAAAUGUCUAAUGAAGCAGAAACAGAGGAUGAUGGCAGCUCAGGCCCAACAAGCUUAAGCAUACAGCUGUUCUAUUAUGGUUGAGUUUGUCCCGUGUAAUAAUUGUAAAAUAAAUCUUAUAAAUUACAUGUCA